AUGGCUCGUCUGAUCCUCCUUCUCAGCAUCGUCGUUGUUUCGUCGUGGGCUUGCACUCCACCAGCGCCAUCGUCAGGGGGAGGUGGUGGCAAAGCUGCCAGUAAGAAGAAACGCGCAGUUAACGAAGCGCACGCCCUCGUCGUCACCACCUACAACUACUAUCCGGAAAUGAUUGACACUUACAUGAAAGCAGUGAAAGCCGCGGGUGAGAAGUAUGCGGCAGAGAAUGGAGUCCUCGAUUUCGACGAAGUGGUCGAGGAGAAACCCGAGAACGUUGGUGGGAAGUUCGCCAUCUCCUACACCAUCCUUGGUGUGGAACUGCAAAGAGGUAUAACCUAG